GCUGGAGCUGCGGACAGCGGUUGUCACUGUCGUUUCUGCUGCGUUCCCCCUUUUUUGUUGCCACUGACCGCCGCCAUGAACCCCGACCUGCGCAAGGAGCGGGCUUCCGCCACCUUCAACCCAGAGUUGGUCACUCACAUCUUGGAUGGCAGCGUCCAGAACACACGGCGCCGCCGAGAGAUCGAGAACCUGAUUCUGAACGACCCAGAGUUCCAGCAUGAGGACUACAACUUCCUCACUCGCAGCCAGCGUUAUGAGGUGGCUGUCAAGAAAAGUGCCAUCAUGGUGAAAAAGAUGAGGGAAUAUGGCAUCGCAGACCCUGAUGAAAUCAUGUGGUUUAAAAACUUUGUGCACCGAGGGCGGCCUGAGCCUUUGGAUCUUCACUUGGGCAUGUUCCUGCCCACCUUACUUCACCAGGCCACCGCAGAACAGCAGGAGCGCUUCUUCAUGCCAGCCUGGAAUUUGGAGAUCACUGGCACUUAUGCACAGACAGAGAUGGGUCAUGGAACUCAUCUUCGAGGCUUGGAAACCACUGCCACGUAUGACCCCAAAACCCAAGAGUUCAUUCUCAACAGUCCUACAGUGACCUCCAUUAAGUGGUGGCCUGGUGGGCUUGGGAAGACUUCCAACCACGCGAUCGUUCUUGCCCAGCUCUUCACUCAGGGGAAGUGCUAUGGAUUGCAUGCCUUUAUUGUUCCCAUUCGUGAAAUUGGGACCCACAAGCCCUUGCCAGGUAUUACUGUUGGGGACAUCGGCCCCAAAUUUGGUUAUGAAGAGAUGGAUAAUGGCUACCUGAAGAUGGACAACUAUCGUAUUCCCAGAGAAAACAUGCUAAUGAAGCAUGCCCAGGUGAAGCCUGAUGGCACAUACGUGAAACCCCUGAAUAAUAAGCUGACCUACGGGACCAUGGUGUUCGUCAGGUCCUUCCUCGUGGGAGAAGCAGCUCGGUGUCUGUCCAAGGCGUGCACCAUUGCCAUAAGAUACAGUGCUGUGAGGCACCAGUCUGAAAUCAAGCCAGGUGAGCCAGAACCACAGAUUUUGGACUUUCAAACCCAGCAGUAUAAACUCUUUCCACUUCUGGCCACUGCCUAUGCCUUCCAGUUCGUAGGCAAAUACAUGAAGGACACUUACCAUCGGAUUAAUGAAGGCAUAGGCCAAGGGGACCUGAGUGAACUACCUGAGCUUCAUGCCCUCACUGCUGGGCUUAAGGCUUUCACCACCUGGACAGCAAAUUCUGCUAUCGAAGAGUGUCGGAUGGCUUGCGGUGGGCAUGGCUAUUCCCAUAGCAGUGGUAUUCCAAAUAUUUAUGUCACCUUCACCCCAGCCUGCACCUUCGAGGGAGAAAACACUGUCAUGAUGCUGCAGACAGCCAGGUUCUUGAUGAAAAGCUAUGACCAGGUGCAGUCAGGGAAGUUGUUGGAUGGCACGGUGUCCUACUUGAAUGACCUGCCCAGUCAGCGCAUCCAGCCACAGCAGGUGGCAGUCUGGCCAACUGUGGUGGACAUCAACAGCCCUGAGAGCCUGACUGAAGCGUACAAGCUUCGUGCAUUCAGAUUAGUAGAAAUUGCUGCAAAAAAUCUUCAGGCUGAACUGAGUCACAGGAAAAGCAAGGAGGUAGCAUGGAACCUAACUUCUGUUGACCUUGUUCGAGCAAGUGAGGCACAUUGCCACUAUGUCGUAGUAAAGCUUUUUUCGGAAAAACUACAUGAAAUUCAAGAUAAAUCCAUUCAAGUUGUCUUAAGGAACUUAUGUGUCUUAUAUUCUCUAUAUGGAAUCAGUCAGAAGGCAGGAGAUUUUCUUCAGGGGAAUAUCAUGACAGGGUCUCAAAUUGCACAAGUGAACCAGCGUAUAUUGGAGUUGCUCACUGUAAUUCGCCCCAAUGCUGUUGCUUUGGUUGAUGCCUUUGAUUUCAAGGAUGCCACGCUUGGCUCUGUUCUUGGCCGCUAUGAUGGGAAUGUGUAUGAAAACUUAUUUGAGUGGGCCAAGAAGUCCCCACUGAACAAAACAGAGGUAUAA